CCGAUUUGCAGGGGGCCCGGGGGAUGGUGGGAUGCGAUGCUAUUCCCAACCUCGGCCGAGUCUUCUUGAGAGCCUUACACACCUAUGAUCUGGCAAGACUACACAAACCACCAGCUCUGUCAAUUGUUUGCUCAGAUCACCUAGAACCUACUGCUCCUGAUCCUGACCCUGCCCCAUUCCUACGAUUAUUCUCUACCCCAUUUCCACUCCCAAUUUCAAACUUUCAUUUGCAUCCUGCCGAGAUGGCUCCCUCCGCCAUUACCAUCCCCCCGGUCACGAAGCAUACGGCCACAGUUAUAGUGGCUCAUGGUUUGGGAGAUAGUGGCGCAGGUAAGAGAGCCAGCCCUAUCCUACAUUCUAUGGAAUAUGGCACACUGGCAAUGGUAGCCCCAGCUAUAACGAAGCUCUGCUUGCAAUCAUUGCCUCCUCACUUUACCCCUCCAUCAAGAGCACCCCGCUGACCCCCUCCAAGGCUGGGUUUCUCUCGCAGAAAACUGGCGCCGCCGUCAGAAGUUUCAAGAAGUCAAAUUCGUCUUUCCAAAUGCCCCUACAAUCCCAAUCACGGUCAACUUUGGUAUGCAAAUGCCAGGCUGGUACGACAUUGUAAGACGCCCCAACGCAGUGAGUCGCGUUGACGCUCUGCGGUUCCGCCAAUCCACACACCAAACUAAAUCAACCAUAGAUACAAUUCAAAGACAUCCAAUCGCAACAAGACGAACCUGGAAUCCUCCGCUCUCGCGAAUACUUCCACAGCCUGAUCAAAGCGGAGACCGAUGCCGGAAUUCCCUCGAACCGCAUCGUAAUUGGAGGCUUCAGCCAAGGCGGUGCAAUGUCCAUUUUCGCCGGUAUAACAGCUAGCCAAAAACUUGGUGGAAUCUUCGGACUAAGCUCUUACCUUCUUCUUCACGAGAAACUCAAGAACUUCGUCCCAGCUGAUAACCCAAAUAAAGAUACACCAAUCUUCAUGGGUCACGGAGAUAGCGAUCCUCUCGUCCUUCCGGCUUGGAGUAAGAAGACAGCUGAGCUAUUGAAUGAGGAGGGCUGGAAUGUGGAUUUGAAGUGGUAUAAAGGUUUACAGCAUUCAGCUGAUCCACAGGAGAUUGAUGAUUUGGAAACAUACCUUAAUUCCAGAAUACCUCCUGCUGGGCAAAAGGAGCCUUGA